AUGGUGCCACCAAUUAUGAGCAAGGAGGGGGAGAAGAAGGACCUAGCCACGACUUUUCCGCGAGAAGAUAUUGUCCGAAAGAAUUCGGUAAAGAUGAGCGGCUCUCCACCAGGCUUUACUUUCACGGCGGUUACUGAUUGUCGUGCAAUCAUCGCUCGCGGGAAUCGCCUCAUUCUAGAAGUGACUUGGAAUAUGCAAUUCGCUAACACGAUGAGGGCCUUAAAGUGGGUUGUAAAGAACGCUGCAAGCCUGGGGCCGGACACCAUAAAAGGGUUUCUGGUUAUUAGCACAGAAGUUGGAGCUCAUCUCGCCUCCAUCACGGCUACCAGAGCAAGAGACAGAUACUCGGACAUGAAGUUGACCGGCCAGUGCCUCAUAGUUCCCACACUCCUCACGUGGCCGGACGACCAAGUCCCUGCGGAUUGGCAAACGCGCCUUCGAUCGCAUAUGGAAAACGAGGACGCGCCGGUACUUAGUGAACACACAUAUGAGAUGUUUGUCCCCAAUCUCAAUGUCCUAGAUUCGGAGAAGCACAGGGGAGAGAAUUUCCGAUAUGGGUCGAUCUCGAAGGCUAGGCGCCAACAUAUCCUCCCAUGGACGAAUGCGACCCGAUUCGAGACCAGGCCUUCCUCUACAACGAACUCCUGGCCGAAGCCGGGGUUCGUACUAGGACUGUUUACUUCCGUGGGCUACCGAAGAUGUUUGUGCAAUUCCCGGGCUCCCAACAACCACUGUUGUGGGAGGGCAUCUCGCUGCGGCUUUCGAGGAAGUAGGAAAUGA